UUUUGAGUGAUUAUGAUGCAGUGUUCUUUGGGAAGCAGAGAGCAUUUGUAAGGCAAUCUUAUGACACGGACACAUCCCGACCCUCCUCAAAAGACUACAAGCUUCAUAAGCUUUCCAAUGAAGAGUUUGACUUGAGCCCUGCACGCAGUGGGCAGCCUACACUUCAUGUCCUCCAUGAUGACGUCUUGCUUCAUAUUAUGAAAUAUUUGAGUGUUGCUGAAAAACUGACUCUUGAAGCAGUGUGUCGACGCUUUCAAUCGCUGGUUUACAGCGUGCUGGGCCAGCAAAGCGUCAUCGACUUCACUGGCAGCUGCGUCUGGGGAAGUGCUCACUCCAACCUCUCCAAAUAUCGGAGCAAGUCGCCGGUCCAGCUCACGCAAGGCCUCAAGUUCUGCACCUACAAGAUGCUCAUCAUGAACGCUAACCACCUCACAACUCUUAGACUCGAAGAGUAUCGCUGCAUCUUUGAUGUCAACGUAUUUGCUGCCAUAGGUCAACUUGCUGUGAACCUGGAAGAUUUAUGCCUGCUGUUCUCGUCAAAGAGGAAUCACUACACCUCCAUGAAGACCAUCUUCUCGCGCUGCUCAAAACUCAGGAUUUUCGGUCUAGAAGGCUUUUUCAACACGUCAGGUUCGAACGAAUUGUUGCGAGACUUGAGGCAAUGCAAAUACCUGGAGGUGUUGCGGCUGGGCAUGAUAACGCAUCUUGACUUCGCUCUUCUACGGAAGUUGAAAGCUCCUCUGAGAGAGCUUUCAAUACGCAACGUUACAACGUUAUCAAACUUCAGAUCAAACGAUGGCUUUCCGGGCUUUGCGGGCUUCCCUUUCAACUCUACCCUCACGACGUUCCGCUUGUUCAUCUUCUUGCACUCCUUGCACCCAGAGUUGGGAGAUUGGCUGCAGGAUUGGCUCCCCUCCAUGGCAUGCAAGUGUCCAGCGCUCACCCAACUCCAGCUUGAUUGCCACGGUUUUGCAGAGCCUCCCAAUUUCAAGACAUUCAAUAACUUGAAGGUGCUACAUUGUAUGAUUAAUGGAAGGGAUGAAAUUGAGGUUCUUCUCAGAAGCGCUCUGCCUGACGUCGAGGACCUCUACAUCGACUUUUACCCAGGAGAAGUUCAUGACCUCACCGUAGACUUUUCACUUGCACCGACGUCGGUGAAGUCCCUAACGCUGCCUUCCGUCGCUCUGGACGAUGACUCUUACAAGAACCUCCUGCGGAUGCCAAAGCUGCAGCGAGUCUUCGUCAAAAACGAGAAAUUCUCACUGGCUCAGCUGAAACAACUCGUGGCCCACGUUCAGCUGGUCGAGAUCGGCGCCGCGAUGGUGUUCGUGGAUCUCGCCACGGCACAGGAGCUCACUGAGCUGCGCAGGAAGGCGCUGGCCGAGGGCAGGUACAGGUUCCCUUCACUGUACCUCGACCACGACGAGCCCCUCGUGCUUCAUGUCAACUACACUCACCAUGCGGCCUUUGCAAAUCCUCUCAUCAAAAUCAAAGACCACAAGCUGGACAAGUACAUCUACGAGCGCGUCGGGUCGUGUCGCUUGGACAACGAGUGGCUGUUCUACGGCCACGAUUUUCUCCAGAACAUGCAUGAGCUCCUGCGCGACUCUCAAAUCUUAUAUGGACAUCUACGUUGACCACAGCGAUGAUUUUGACGACUACACCUCCAGCUCCAACCACGACGAAUAUGGUGGAGACGACGCCUAGCUUUAUGAUGAUCAACUCGACGAAGACAUGUGUACGUUCAUGGUCCUUAGAACUUUAGCUUUUGUAAGAAAUUCAGUUUCAAAUUUAUAGUUGUCAGAUGUUUUCAAGUUGGUACGUUCCAAAUAAUAUUUAAGUUAAGAAAUUUCGAGGCCAUGACUACAUAUUCAAAUAAGGAGAAUUUCAGUUGGAAAUAGGGAGAAAUUUUGUUAUAUGCUUUAUUUCAAAACCGCCUUGCAGUAUAAUAUGUCGCUGAAUGAACGAUUUAUGUAAUUCAAGACUCGUUCGAUUUAUAACAGUUGAAAAUUGAAAAAAACGCAGAAAGAGCCUUUCCUAAAGGUUCCUGAUAGCGAGAUACAGCCCUUAACUAACUGGUCUGUUGUUAUAUGCGAAGUCUUUUUUUGUAGUUUCUUUCUCCUGAGUUUUAAUCACAAAUGUGAACAGGGAAUGUUGAUGUCACUUUAAACAAAAGGCUGUUUCUUUAAGAGAUUUUAUGAUGCAUCGAAAAAUAGCCAUCGAUGACAACGUUAAAAGUUCUUUUUCAUUUCUAAUAAGCUCUAGCAAUGUGCUUUUUGUUUCAAUAAAUAUGAGUUAAUCCAUGACAGGAACUAAACUGUUACUUACUAAUAACGUCAUUCGUGGUCUGGGUUAUCUUUAGAUUUCAUUCCGAGAUUGAUAAGGCUUUGUAUAUAUUAUAUAAUGCAUUUUCCAGGUUUGUUUAGCAUGCAAGUUUGUGUUUUUGAAGGGCCCCUCCAUACUGCGGGGUCGCGACGUUACUAAGUGUUGAGCAUAAGUCCUUGUUCUCAGCAACAAAUGUCGAGUUUUCCUUCAUCUUUUCCUGGUAUGGAGACUUUAUUAUCGAGCAAACAUUGUGAUCUCCACAUUCUUUCUGUAGCAUCGCGGAACAUGUGCAUCGGAACAUUUUCUUACCUUUAGUAGUUGCGCAUUCAUUAUUGUUUACAUUUAUUCAAUAAACAUGACGGA